AUGGUUCUGUUUCUGAAUUUUCAGAUCUUUCUUGUGAUAUAUCUCAGUCUUCUGCUCUAUGUAGCAAACGGUGAGGAAGAAGUAAAAACUACUGACUCUAAGGAUCUCAAGACUGGGGCUUCUGGAUAUGUUGGUGGUGACAAAGGAGGAAUUGGAGGUGGUAGUAAAGGAGGGUAUGGAGGUGGUGGUAAAGGAGGCUAUGGAGGUGGUGGAAAAGGAGGUUAUGGAAGUGGUGGUAAAGGAGGGUAUGGAAGUGGUGGUAAAGGAGGGUAUGGAGGUGGUGGUAAAGGAGGGUAUGGAGGUGGUGAUAAAAGAGGGUUUGGAGGUGGUGGUAAAGGAGGAUUUGUGAGUGGCGUAGGAAGAACUGGUAGUGGAUUCAUAGGCAGUGUAGGAGGAACUAGUAGGGGAUUUGUAAGUGGUGUAAGAGGAACUGGUAGCGGAUUCGUAGGCAGUGUAGGAGGAACUGGUGGGGGAUUUGUAGGUAGUGUAGGAAGAACUGGUGGGGGAUUUGUAGGUAGUGUAGGAAGAACUGGUGGGGGAUUUGUAGGUAGUGUAGGAGGAAUUGGUGGUGGAUCUGGGAGACGUAUAGAUGCCCUAGCAUUGCUUGCUAUCCCUAUAAACCUAGCAUCUGGAGUAGGGAUAGGUGGAUAUGGUAGAGGAGCAGUAUUGGGUGGACAUGGCGGCGGAAGGAUAGCGGGUGGACAUGGCGGCGGAAGGACAGCGGGUGGACAUGGCGGCGGAACUGUAGCAGUUGGAUACGGUGGUAUUGGAGUAACAAGUAUCAGAGGUGGUGGAUAUGGAAGAAGUGGAACCAUAAGAGGGGGUUUUAUGGGAGGAGAUUGA